ACACUCUCGAUCCGUGCACCUUCCUGCAGCAGCUGCAAAGUCAUUACUGCUCUAUGCGACCUGCAGAUUCAUAAAACUUGGAAGCCCCGCCCACUCGACAACCAGCGUCUGUUUACGAAAAGUCACGGGAGCAGCAUGGAGCGAGAGGUGCCCGACAGAAAUGUCAUAACGCGCUGCCGACAGGGGGAACAAGCAGCGAAGAACUGCGAUCCUCUCCGUCAAGUCCGCCGCCGCCGCGUUUUGCGUCUUGGAUAUUUUGACAUUUCCAGCUUCUAGUUGCGCGCAUCGGGGACUUUUGAGGGAGGAGAAACGCGGGACUUAAUUUCUCAUUCGGAAUUAUCUCCGACUUGAAACAAUGACUUGGCGCAAAAGGCAUUGUUGCGCCUGAACCCCAGCAGCCUGGACUACAACAGAACCAGCUCCCCGUCGGCUUCCUGCGAAACCACGGCGCAACGAAAGGGAAGACGCGGGGAUAGAAGAUACAACAUGGAAAGCCCCACCGAGAACCCGAACAGGGCUGCGGAAUAUCUGAAGGAGCUCAACAAGAUCAUCGAGACCCAGCAGGAGUUGCUGGAGAGGCAGAGGGGCAGGAUAGAGGAGCUGGAGCAGCAAGUGUCCGACUUGUGCACGGAGAACGCCUGUCUGAAGGAGCAGUACCAGCGGCACCUGGCAACCUGCAGGCUGCUGCAGGGCACCAACAGCCUGGUGACGCUGGGAGCCAUCAAGGAGCAUGUCACACAGGACAAGUCUGAAUGUGACUCCUCCAGACUGGUCAGGAGACAUGCGUCCCUCCCGGUGGAAGUCACAGAGAAUCCUGGGAGGCUGGUGUCUGAAGGCUGCAGAAGAGUCACCCCCUGCCGCAAGUGGAAGUCGGCUUCCUUUGGUGUGGAAGGAGAUGGACGGCCCGGUGAGAGCGGUCCUUCCUUGGAUGGUGGAGCUGGCUACGGCCAGGGCCCCGUGACUCACGGCUCAGCCAUCAGCCCCGACCGAUUCGACGGCCAACUUUACAGCCACGGGGUCCAGCCUGGUCCUCAGAGGCCCCGUCGACCCAAACUCCAGCACUCACAGUCCAUCCUCCGUAAGCAGGCUGAGGAGGAGGCCAUCAAGCGUUCUCGCUCGCUCUCUGAGAGCUAUGAGCUCUCUGCUGACCUCCAGGAUAAACAGGUGGAGAUGCUGGAGCGUAAAUAUGGUGGACGAUUCAUAACUCGCCAUGCAGCUCGCACCAUUCAGACGGCCUUCCGUCAGUAUCAGAUGAACAAGAACUUUGAACGUCUCAGGAGCUCCAUGUCGGAGAACCGUAUGUCCAGACGCAUCGUUCUCUCUAACAUGAGGAUGCAGCUCUCAUUUGAGGGCCCUGAAAAAGUGCACAGCUCCUAUUUCGAAGGGAGGCAGGUGUCCAUGACGGAAGACGGCACCCCGCUGUCCAUGGUGCAGUCUGAAUGUGGCGAUAUAGAGGUCCACCAGCAGGCCAACAUGGCUUCUCACCCGGCACCUCAGAGCGACCUGACGGAUGCCAUCACGGAGCUGGAGGACGCCUUUUCCAGGCAGGUCAAGUCUCUGGCCGAGUCGAUAGAUGACGCUCUGAACUGUCGCAGCCUCCAGGGGGAUGAGGGUCCCGACCCGGAGGCCAUGGGCUGCUCCGAGGUGGAGGGGGACGUGCCCUAUCAGGUGAAGUCCCACCGCAGGGCAGCUGGACGGAUGCACGAUGAAACGAUGGCAUCCUACAGCGAUGUGACUCUGUUCAUCGAUGAGGAGGACAUGUCCCCCUCGAUCGCUCUGUCGAGGUCGGGGGACCAGCCUUCCAGCACAGAAUCAGACUUACGCUUGCGGUCGGUCAACUCCUCCCAAGAAUAUUGGCCUAUUGACCCCAAAGAUGAGGGUCGUGACACAGACACAAGCUGCCGCAGCACUCCUUCGCUGGAGUGCCAAGAGCAGCGUCUUAGAAUGGACCAUCUGCCUCUGUUGACCAUAGAACCUCCUAGUGAUAGCUCUGCGGAGCUCAGUGAUCGGUCCGACCGCGGCUCUGUCAAACGGCCGCCCGUGUAUGAACCUCACGGCCACAUCGUGACGUCAUCCCAGGCGAGCCCCAAACACAUUUCCCACGGUCCCCCGCCAAGAGCUCCGUCCCGUGACGAUGACGCGCCCCUGCGCCACCGUCACCGCCAGCUAGAGAGCCACUUGGCCAUCAACGGCUCAGCUAACAGACAGAGCAAGUCAGAAUCGGACUUCUCUGACGGGGACAAUGACAGCAUCAACAGCACAUCGAACUCGAAUGACACCAUAAACUGCAGCUCCGAGUCCUCAUCCAGAGACAGCCUACGAGAGCAGACGCUAAGUAAACAGACUUACCACAAGGAGACUCGCAACAGCUGGGAUUCGCCCAUCUUCAGCAAUGACGUGAUCCGCAAGAGACACUACCGCAUCGGCCUGAAUCUCUUCAACAAAAAGCCAGAGAAGGGCAUCCAGUACCUGACUGAGAGGGGAUUCAUCCCUGACACACCGGUUGGUGUUGCUCACUUCCUGCUGCAGAGGAAGGGGCUGAGCAGGCAGAUGAUUGGGGAAUUUCUGGGCAAUCGACAGAAACAGUUCAACAGAGAUGUCUUGGACUGUGUGGUAGAUGAAAUGGACUUCCAGGGCAUGGAGCUGGACGAGGCCCUCAGGAAAUUUCAGAACCACAUCCGUGUCCAGGGUGAAGCGCAGAAGGUGGAGCGGCUCAUCGAAGCCUUCAGCCAGCGUUACUGCAUCUGUAACCCCACCGUGGUGCGGCAGUUCAGGAACCCAGACACCAUCUUCAUCCUGGCCUUCGCAAUCAUCCUCCUCAACACCGACAUGUACAGCCCCAAUGUCAAGCCCGAGAGGAAGAUGAAGUUGGAGGACUUCAUCAAGAAUUUAAGAGGUGUGGACGAUGGAGAGGACAUACCUCGGGAGACUCUGGUUGGUAUCUAUGAGAGGAUUCGUAAGCGAGAGCUCAAGACAAAUGAAGACCACGUCUCACAGGUGCAGAAGGUUGAGAAGCUCAUUGUGGGAAAGAAACCGAUCGGAUCACUCCACCACGGUCUGGGAUGUGUGCUGUCGCUGCCCCAUCGCCGACUGGUGUGUUACUGCCGCCUGUUUGAAGUGCCAGAUCCCAACAAGCUCCAGAAGUUGGGCCUGCACCAGCGGGAGAUCUUCCUCUUCAAUGACCUCCUAGUGGUAACUAAGAUAUUCCAGAAGAAGAAGAAUUCGGUGACAUACAGCUUCAGACAGUCUUUCUCUCUGUACGGGAUGCAAGUCAUGCUGUUUGAAAAUCAGUAUUACCCAAAUGGGAUCAGACUUACAUCAGCGAUACCAGGUGCAGACAUCAAAGUGCUCAUCAACUUCAAUGCGCCUAACCCUCAGGACCGCAAGAAGUUCACAGAUGACCUGCGAGAGUCCAUCGCAGAGGUCCAGGAAAUGGAGAAAUACAGAAUAGAGUCUGAGCUGGAGAAACAGAAGGGGGUGGUGAGGCCCAGCAUGUCGCAGAGCUCCGGUCUGAAGAAGGAAGCUGGCAACGGCAACAUGAACCGUGCCAGUCUGGAUGACAGCUACGCCAUGGGGGAGGGCCUGAAGAGGAGCGCCCUCAGCAGCUCCCUGAGAGACCUCUCUGAAGCAGGCAAGCGGGGGCGUCGCAGCAGUGCAGGAUCACUAGACAGCAAUAUGGAAGGGUCCAUCAUUAGCAGUCCAAACACACGAAGAAGAGCCACCACGCCGCGUGAGGGCGCCCCCCGCGGCCAUCCCUCCAUCCCUAACUCGGCAUCGACUUCCAUCCUCGGGUCGCUCUUUGGCAGCAAGCGAGGGAAACCGCCAUCUCAGAGCCACGCCCCUUUCCCUCCGCCCGGUCACCCCACUCUCAUAUCCCACAAGCCCCACCCGACCAACCUGCAUCACACGGCGCAGGUGGCCCAUGCAGUUCAGGCCCAGCACCACGGCCACCAUUCCCAGUACUGCCAAGUCCCACAGAACCCGCCGCCUUACCACCACCACCACCACUACCACCCGCCUCCGCACACGCAGUACCACCAGCACCCGGCCUACUCCUCGCACGCACACCAACACGGCCACUCGCAGCACAGCCAUUACAGGGAGCAUCCGCAUCACGCCUCGCACUCGCAGCACACUUCUCACCACCACAGCCAGCAGUCGGGUUCGGCGCCCGGCGGACCCAAACCCAAACACAGUGGCAUCAGCACCGUAGUGUGAUGCUCCUAACGCAGAGAGGGGAAGCAAGGAGAGGACUUAAUGAAGGAGGGACAAUUGCUUACACCAAAGGGACUGACAGCAUAACUCUAUGGCCUGUCCACUGUGUUUGUGCUGCUGUGAUGGAAACCAGUCACACGCAGUCACCUUUUUUUCCACUCUAAUAUGCAGGAUGGAAAUCGGACUCAAAUCUUCCACUAGGGGCCUUUUACUAGUUUGCCUGAUCCGGGGCUUUGGUCCCGUCAGGGUUUUGUGUGGGGUUUGUCGGGGGGGAGGUUCUGCACAGGAAGAUGCUCUUUGUUUUCCACACACAACCACACACAACAACCGCCCGGCCGUGAUGGCUGAAGAGAAGCUGUGUUUUCUCACCAAGCCGCUCCAUUCCCUCAGUAACUCGUCUUACCUACGCAUAAUCAGGAGGAAAGAUGGCCUGAGAUGAGAACAUGACUGACUGUUUUUUUCUCUGUCACAGUGGCAUCAUUUCUUGUGCACAGCCUUUUUGGAAGUCAACUUUCAAAUCUUUGGUUUGCAGAUCCAACCAUCAUAUGAAUGCUAUUUGUUGUUGCCUCCCGUAGAGCUCAUAUGUAGUGAAAAAACCUAGAUAUAAUCAUUUCACACUAACUUAAAUCAAAGGACAGGUAAACAACUCAACUGAGUCGGUCAUCGUAGUUCUAGUGCUGUAUUUACUGUAGAUGACAGCUAUAUGUGUUGUCUCCUAGCUCUCAUAAAUAAAUGUGCCAAUUAUUAAUGCAUAAUCUAUUUAGUCAAGACUUCAUGUACAGUAUAUUGUGUGUAAAGUAAUUUGUAAGAUUAUACUUACAAUUAUUAUCAGCAAAAAUGAAUUUUAUCAGUAUUAUACUGACUCAGUGGUAACAGGAUGUAGAUCUGGUAGGAGUGAACUCCCAUUUAGUUCGGCCUGUAAUCUGUUCUGGAAUUUUCGCCUUUCAAAUGAAUCAGAAGAAGCCUCUGGAUGGCAGCUGUUGCAUAUGGGCCUCAAAAUGCUGUGCUGUCACAGCUGAAGCCUCAAAGCAGACUUUUCCUGUCAACUCUUGCUGUUGACGAACUCGAUCGGUAGCUCGUUAGCUCCGUUUACUUCUCAUACUGUCGCUGCUUAAAUUGUACAAAAAAAAAGCAGUGAAGAACAGAAGUGAUGACAUUUUUUGCACUUUGAGGCUCAGUUACACAUUGAUCCACAGAGCGUGUUGAACAUGUUAAGUCUGUUGCCUUCAACAUAUGCAACAGCCGCUUUCUCGACGCUUGAAAUCAAAAACAGAAACACUUCAUACAUCUUCUUUUGCCUUGUUUCAAAUAUUUUUUUAUUCACCGGCAAAGAUUUGGUGAGUGAAUAUAAUCAGUUCUUGCAUAGUGAAGUAUUUUUAUCAUCUUUUUCUAACAUAUGUGCAAUAUCUUUGUACUGAUUUUGUACAUUAAGAACAAGCAAAGGUUUCCCUCCUAUUUGUGCGAUUUUCAUGUUGCGUCAUUAUUUAUUUAUUUUCGUUUUUUGACCCCUGUCAGAGUCCUUUUCUCGGUAAAUUAACGUCUGGCUGUCCUCGUGGUCUUAGGAGAGGUACAGACUUGGAGUUCGGUGGAAUGUCUAGUAAGUGAUUUUUUUUUUGCAUGUAAUGUUAUUGAUGUGAGGCUAUCCUCUGCACAUUGUAUAACAAAUCAGUGUUACCAUAGCAAGUUUAAGUGCAAUCAUGUUCAGAAAAUGCAGACUUGUACUGAGAGUGGAGGUCUUUAAUCUUGUUGUCCAGGAUGAGAUUCAGGUGAAAAAAAAAAACAACUUUUUUUUUUUCAUUUAAAAAUAUAUAAAUACUUACACAGUUCACAGCGGAAAGAAGAAUGUGUGUAUAUAUUUUAAUAAAAGAAAUAUGCUUCUCCUUGGGCUGAACAGAAAUAUUUUGCUGGAUAAGCACAUAUGAAAGAACACUUUCAUUUUUUCAGGAAAUGCAGUUAUAAUUUACAAAAUGCAAACUGAACAAAAGAACUGGGUAUAUGUAAAGAAUAACUUUCUACAUUCUACAAAUAAGAGUCUAUUCUCGUGUGUAAAUUAGUGACAGUAAACUGUUUGUCCCAAUAUUCAGGUUGUAAAUGUAUUUUAACAUUCACAAAGAAAAGUGUUGCCAUAAGUCAGGCUUCUUCUCGAACAUUUCUCCUCGUGUGAAUCAACGCAGCAAGUUCAGACGACAGACAUAUCACGUACGGGACAUUAACGUCGAGCUGAAUGUGUCUUUCCAUUGAUUUCAUAUCUUUGCUAUAAUUCUGAAUUCUUGAGAUGAUGUGAAACCGAUGAGUCUGUUUAUUUCAAGUGUGUGUUGUAGUGCUUCAAAUGUCUAGUCAUUCUUUGUGAGAAAGUACCCCAACAAUGCACUGCAUGGAUCUGAUGCAUCAUGUGUCCUAUUCACUGUGAGCUGAUGGGAAGAAAAAAAGAAUCAGCCUAUAAGUUUUGACUCAUCCUUUGGUUUUUGAUUGCGUUUGACUUUUUUUCUGAUGUUGACGUGCUCUUGUUGUUCCAUGUUAUCCUGGUAGUUAUUGAAGCUCAGCAUGCAUUUCAUCGACAAAGCCAUUGUGUAAAUUACAAACAUGAAAAACAUUGCACUUCCGUCGCUGAGGGCUUUCAUUGUGUAAAUACGGGGUUUUGAUGUGCAAGCCGAUGAACUGCUUGGUUAGGAGGGUUUAUCUUUAUGAAGCUGUAAAGGGACCAAGACUGGGGUUUAAAGGAGAUGUACAUAAUGUGUAUAUGAUCAGUACUCUAUUCCGAGAUCUGCAGUUAAGAUCAGGAUGUAUAUACAUCACCUCACAGAUGGACGUGAAGGGUGAUAUAUGAACAUAUCGAUUGUCUCUGCCGCCAGCUGUCUUGAACUGACAUUUGCUGUAGAACUCAAAAAAACAGACUGUUAGAAAGUUUGCUGCCAUUUACAUCCAGCUCUCUUUUCAUACAUGCAAACCCUCCCCACUCACACACACAUGCACAUAAUGUACACACAGACAAAUGACACAUCCUGCUGCAAGCUGUUCAGUCUGGCGUGAGACACGUUUGGGGAAAAAAAGAGGAAAAGACAGGAAUGGCCUCAUUUAUAUGUGCAUUCUGUUUGUACAGUGAGUAGUGAGUCAUUAAGACCCCAGUUAUUGUAAAACUUCAACUGUGACAAUGUUGAGAACGCAAAAUAAACGAAUAUAUGACUUAUGGUA